CAAUUUUGAAAUGGGAUUGGCGGUCUACGAAGAAAUGUCACUGCUGAGGUGUACCAGUACCAUCAGUGCCACUCUCAUCUUCCCUGUUAUUUUCACUUAUUAUAUUUUGGCAACGACUGUUGCAGUCUAUGUUGCUGCAGACAUUGAAAUAGCAACUGCGCCAGAUGAAUAUAUUGUGUUUGAAGAGUCAUUGUACUUUGAAAUAACAUGGCCAGCCUCCCUGAUGUAUACAUACAAGUUGAAACAAGCAAGAGAUUUUGGUACCCGUUUUGACAAAAUAUAUCAAAAAGUAGAAAUGGUGUUAGCAGACCCUGAAGAUGCCUGCCAAGAUUUAUACAAUGAUGUCCCAGGAAGUGUUGUGCUUAUUUUGCGUGGGGGCUGCUCUUUCCUUACAAAAACCAAAGUGGCAGAGAGAGCAGGUGCUUUGGCGGCCAUAAUAGCCGAUAAUGAUGAGAGCAAUGACAGUAUUAUGAUUGACAUGGUCAGUGAUAGCACGGAUCGAGUUGUUAACAUUCCCUCAUUUUUUCUUGUAGGAAAAGAUGGGUCAAUGAUUAGACGACAGCUUUAUGCCAUCAGAUCAGACCAUGCAAUCAUUAACAUUCCGGUGAAUCUGACUGGGAAAUCAAUUGUAGAAGCUAAAAGGCCACCUUGGACUAUCUGGUGACAGAAUAACGUGUUAAAGGGAUAAAAUUGAAAGAAAUAAUGUUAUCUAUUUUUUAAAACUUUUACAGUACAACAUUUUUAUUUUAAAUUUUGUUGUUUAAACUGUUGUUUUUAUUAAAAAUGCAUGUUCUUGAAUAAUCUACAACCAAUCAACCACAAAAAUGCUUUUUAUUGACAGACACUAUAAUUAAAGGAAAAUGCUUUUUAUUGACAGACACUAUAAUUAAAGGAAAAAUGUAUGAUUGCUAUAAAUUAUCUUUGUACAUUUUAAAAACCACAGUGUAUUCAAAAAAUGUAUUGAACAAGAAAAUUUUUAUAAUUUAAUUUGUUUUAUAGCUUAAUAUCCAACUUUUAAACAAUAUUAAUUCCUUUAAAAAAUUAUUUUAAAAUUAACUAGGUUUAAUGGUGAGUUCACAUUUAAAUACACAAAAGAUAACAGCACAUUUUUGUCAUUCUAUAAAUUAUAAUUAAUAUUAUGGGAUGCAAUUGAAACAUGUUAAGAAACUAUUUGUGAAUGGGUUUUACCCUUCAAAUGAGUUUUAAUUAAAUUGUCAAAUAAUGUUUUUAAAGAAAUUGUUAUAUUAUAUUUCAUUUUUAAGGUGUAGGUUGUUGGUUUUUUUUUUUUAUGUUUAAUUUUUACAAUUUGUUUUGUAGCAAAACAGGAAAUUCAUAAUUGUUUUGUACUUCCUGAAUUGAAUCCAUUUUUUCAAUGAUAUGCUGUUUUGUUUCAAGUAUUGUUAAAACCUUCUCAAUGGAAAACAUGUGAUAACAAAGAGGAUAUUGCAUGUUUAUUUGAAUUGUUUAAAGAAUCCACAACGAAAGUAUAGGCUAUGCACUGGACUCAUGUGCCCAUCUUAUAUAACCUUUGUAUUCAGUCUAUUCCUUCCUUGCGUGUGAUGCAAAAAGAUCAGUGUAUGAUCAAUUUCAAAACAUUUUUUUAGCCUGACAACUUGCAUGUUAACUUUACAAGUAUUGUAACUUAAAAAUGUAUGCAACUCUGCCUUAAUUUAUGUGAGAGCUUAUUUUAAAUAUUAAAUUUUUUUUUUUAAAUAUUUGAAAUGGCUGCAUGUUGCUCUAUAGACUACAUAGAAUGAAUAUUUACCUCACUGUUGAUCCCCAACAGCUGGUAUAAAUAAUACUUCACUGUGUAAACAUCUUGUGCAAUAAAUAAAUGUACUAUGAAUUUGUUGUCAAGGUUCCACUAUAUUUAAAAACUAUGUCAUUGUAAAUUGUUUUGAAGCUUUUUUGUAUUGCAUAACAUAUUUAUGAAUAUUAUCUUCUAAAUCUAUUCUUCAAAUAAUAAAAUUAAAAUUAUUUAAUUUGAAGUUGCCAAUUUUUUUUAAUUGUUGCCAUUAGUGCUUAUGUCAUUAAUGCAUGUUUUUUUCAUUGUGAAGGAAAAAAAAUUGUUAAUAACUUGUUUUAAAUUUGUUUGUUUUUUUACUUUAACCUCAAUAAUCAAAAUGUAACAUGGAUUUACCAGAGUUUUUAGGUAAAUGAUGAUUGGUAUACAACCAUUGUAAAUUGUAUUUAAAUCAGUAUUCCAACUGGUUGGAAAUGUCAAAAAUAUUUUUUAAUUCUCUCUUCUCAUCUUUCAUCCAUAUUGGAGAACUAGUUCACCAACUAUAUUCAUUCUAUUUUUGAUGAUUUUAUCAUGUUCUUUAGGCUUGUGUUAGUCCAGCUGUGGUACUGUGAUGUCUAUUUAAACACACUAGCCCUUUUUGUUCAACAAUUAUGUGAUUUAAUUAUUCAUUGCCUGCAUUUGAAUUCAAAUGUCAAUUGUUUGGCGUAAUUGUGAUUACUGUUGGUAAAAAAAUAGGUGACAGCUUUAACUACUAUACUAGUGAGUAUUGUUGUGUGCUAGUUCGUUAUAUUCUGUAUUAUAUCUCAAGGGAGUGAUUAGAAUUGUAUGUUGCACAUUGUAUUUACUGAAUAACAAAAUAAUUAAAGUAACAUUUUUUCUCAGAAAAUGUGUGAUGGUAUCUAGAUCUUAAUUCUCACCAUUUAUAAAAGUGUUCUCCCUUGAUUUGAACCUAUGCUCUCCUUGAAUACUAAUCUUAGUUACCUUUGUCUAACAAAACCUAAAGAUAACCAUACAUUACUUUGUGUAGAUUAUAGGCUGAUGGUUUGUAUAACAUAAAAUUAAUCCAGCUUUUCUUUUCAAUUUUGAUUUUUAGUACUGGUAUUCUACCCAGUCGGUACUAGAAUAUAUUUGUGGUAAAAAAUAAUAAACUGAAGAAAAAAUAAUAAUUGAUUUGAUGGGUAAAAUAAUAUGAUGCCAACUUAACCUCAAUAAUUUUAACUCAUUAUUUGAAAUGGAUGACUGUUAUUCAACCAAACUAUGCUUCUUUAAAUAAGAUGAAUAUAUGUAAAGUUAGGAUUUAGGUAAUACCUUAACCUUGUUCUUUUUUAUUCAAACACAUAGCUAGAAGAAAUGUGACAUAGUUUAAGUAGCAAAUCACCAGCUGUUACUGUAGUAUUUUUUAGUCAAUCUUCGAACAUCUCUGACAAUUACAAUGGGGAAAAACUGUUUGGCAAUUUAAAAAGUCCCUGAACUGAUACUGUAAACACCAUUACUAACAUGACUGAGAAAUUUAGAAACGUACACAUCAAAUGUCAAUACUAUGAAACCCAAAUUAAUAUUUUAGACCACUUAGAGGCUCAAAACAACUGGAGUGUAGUAUUCUAUUAACGAGGGUCACAAACAGCUCAUUAUUUUUCAGUUAACUGUUGAAAAAUUAUUUAGUUCAACUUUUUAGAUUAACUAAUAUUCAAAUGUGUGCCUUAAUGUUUGUCAACAACUAGGUUUGUCUGCUAUUCAAAGUGU